AUGGAAGAGAAGGACCCCGAAGGCCUUGGAACUGGGAAGAUAUCAAAGAAAGAUCCCCAUUCCCUCCAAGCAGGGAGUGGUGCUGAAUUUUGGGGAAGAGCUGUGCCAGAGAUCUUGGUUCAGGACCCUGUGACCCCAGAUAUGUGGGGAGGAUCCGUGAAGGCAGAAGCAGAGUUCUCUGAGGCAGAGCGAGCUCCGUCAGAGGAAGGUCAGAGGGCGCAGGCCCAGGAGUGUGCCCAAGAUGGUAAGUGGCAGCGAAGAGAUGUUAUCAAGCCGUAUUCUUUGCAGAGAAGUGGAAAUGCUCUCUCAACCUCUGGUUCAGCAGGAGAUGAUCAGAGGAAUGGGGAGGAUGAGGAACUGCAUCAUCUGUCAUCCGAUGAAAUCAAGAAUGAAGAUGUGAGAAGAAAUGUCAGGACUCAAAGCAUGUCUCAGAGGCAGGAAUUCAGGCAAAGGCAUCAUAGAACCCAAACAGUGGAGAAGCCUAUUGAAUGCUCACAGUGUGGGAAGAGAUUCAGUCACAGUAGCAAUCUUCUAAAACACCAAAGAACACACACAGGGGAGAAGCCUUAUGAAUGCUCAGAGUGUGGGAAGAGAUUCAGUCAGAACAGCAAUCUUCAAAGUCAUCUAAGAACUCACACAGGAGAGAAACCUUUUGAAUGCUCAGAGUGUGGGAAGACAUUCAGCUACAAUAGCAAUCUUCAAAGUCAUCUAAGAGCCCACACAGGAGAGAAACCUUUUGAAUGCUCAGAGUGUGGGAAGAGAUUCAGUCAUAACAGUAGUCUUCAAAGUCACCUAAGAACCCACACUGGGGAAAAGCCUUUUGAAUGCUCAGAGUGUGGGAAGGGAUUCUGCUACAGUGGCCAUUUUCAACUUCAUCUAAGAACCCACACAGGAGAGAAACCUUUUGAAUGCUUAGAGUGUGGGAAGAGAUUCAGUCAUAACAGUAGUCUUCAAAGUCACCUAAGAACCCACAAUGGGGAAAAGCCUUUUAAAUGCUCAGAGUGUGGGAAGAGAUUCAGUCAGAGUAGCAAUCUUCAAAGUCAUCACAGAACCCACACAGGGGAAAAGCCUUUUGAAUGCACAGAGUGUGCGAAGAGAUUCAGUCGGAGUGGCAAUCUUCGAAGUCAUCAAAAAACCCACACAGGGGAGAAGCCUUUUAAAUGCUCAGAGUGUGGGAAGAAAUUCACUGACAGUAGCACUCUUCAACAACAUCUAAGAACCCACAAAAGGGAGAAGCCUUUUGAAUGCUCACAGUGUGGGAAGAGAUUCAGCCACAGUUGCUAUCUUCAACUGCAUAAAAGAUCCCACACAGGGGAGAAGCCUUUUGAAUGCUCAGAGUGUGGGAAGAGAUUCAGUCAGAACAGCAAUCUUCAAAGUCAUCUAAGAACUCACACAGGAGAGAAACCUUUUGAAUGCUCAGAGUGUGGGAAGACAUUCAGCUACAAUAGCCAUCUUCAAAAGCAUCAGAGAAACCACAAAGGAGAGAAACCUUUUGAAUGCUCAGAGUGUGGGAAGAGAUUCAGUCAUAAUACCAAUCUUCAAAGUCAUCUAAGAGCCCACACAGGAGAGAAACCUUUUGAAUGCUCAGAGUGUGGGAAGAGAUUCAGUCAGAACAGUAGUCUUCAAAGUCAUCUAAGAACCCACACAGGGGAAAAACCUUUUGAAUGCACGGAGUGUGGGAAGAGAUUCAGUUGGAGUAACAAUCUUCGAAGUCAUCAAAAAACCCACACAGGGGAGAAGCCUUUUGAAUGCUCAGAGUGUGGCAAGAGAUUUAGUGACACUAGCAAACUUCUCAGUCAUCUAAGAACCCACACAGGGGAGAAGCCUUAUGUAUGCUCAGAGUGUGGGAAGAGAUUCAAACACAGCAGCAGUCUUCAAAAGCAUCAUAGAACCCACACAGGGGAGAAGUCUUUUGAAUGCCCAGAGUGUGGGAAGAGAUUCAGUCAGAACAGUAGUCUUCAAAGUCACCUAAGAACCCACACUGGGGAAAAGCCUUUUGAAUGCUCAGAGUGUGGGAAGAGAUUCCGCUACAGUGGCCAUUUUCAAUUUCAUCUACGAACCCACACAGGGGAGAAGCCUUUUGAAUGCUCAGAGUGUGGGAAGAGAUUCAGUCAUAAUAGCAGUCUUCAAAGUCAUCAAAAAACCCACACAGGGGAGAAGCCUUUUAAAUGCUCAGAGUGUGGGAAGAAAUUCACUGACAGUAGCACUCUUCAAAAUCAUCUAAGAACCCACACAGGGGAGAAGCCUUUUGAAUGCUCUGAGUGUGGGAAAAGAUUCAGUCAGAGUAGCAAUCUUCUAAGUCAUCUAAGGACCCACACAGGGGAGAAGCCUUAUGAAUGCUCAGACUGUGGGAAGAGAUUCAGUCACAGUGGCAGUCUCAAGUAUCAUCAAAGAACCCACACGGGGCAGAAGCCUUUUGAAUGCCCAGAGUGUUGGAAGAGAUUCAUUCAGAGUGGUGAUUUUCAAAGUCAUCUACGAACCCACACAGGGGAAAAGCCUUUUGAAUGCUCGGAGUGUGGGAAGAGAUUCAGUCGGAGUGACAACCUUCGAAGUCAUCUAAGAGCCCACACAGGAGAGAAACCUUUUGAAUGCUCAGAGUGUGGGAAGAGAUUUAGUGACACUAGCAAUCUUCUAAGUCAUCUAAGAACCCACACAGGGGAGAAGCCUUAUGAAUGCUCAGAGUGUGGGAAGAGAUUCAAACACAGCAGCAGUCUUCGAAAGCAUCAAAGAACCCACACAGGGGAGAAGCCUUUUGAAUGCCCAGAGUGUGGGAAGAAAUUUAGUCAGAGGAGCAGUCUUCAUCUGCAUAAAAGAUCCCACACAGGGGAGAGCCUUUUGAAUGUUCAGAAUGUGGGAAGAGAUUCAGUUGCAGUAGUAAUCUUCAAAAGCAUCAAGGAGUCCACCUAGGGCAAAAAGUUUCAGAAUAGAAAGAGAUUCAGUGUGGUUAUCUUCAACAACAUACAAGAAAGCACACAGGAGAAAAACCAUUUCACUAUUUUGCCUAAGGGUGUUGAACUCAUUUUUUUUUACAAUGAUUUGACAGAAAUGUUGCUUCAUUGGGCCAGGACGUGUGUGCCCGACAUUGUAAUUCCAGGUUCCAGAGAUAUAAACUUUAGAAUGAACCUCGGCCAACUCAAUUAACAAUAUUAUUUUUUACUCAAUAUAUAAACAUACUUAAA